AUGACAGAUAAGAAAGAGGUUGUACCUUUCUACUAUUCAUCGAACGGUAAUACGGAGGAGGACAAGGCCAUUAUGCGAAAUGGUUUUCCCGUAACCCAUUCUGUUUAUGGACUUCACUAUUCAAUAAACGCUGCAAAUUAUUUACAAUUUAUUGCUUGUGAAAAACUUAUUAAUUUACAUCCCAUGGCAGUUAAAAUUUUGAUUGAACAAUUCAUGGAAUACUACAAAGGUCAAGGAAUGGAUUUAUAUUGGAAGGAAAAAUUCAUCUGUCCGAAAGAAAAAGACUACAAUAUUUUAGCAUUAAGAAAGAGUGGUUGGUUAAUAAUAGCGGUAAUAAAAUUAAUGAAACUUUUUUCUACUUAUGAAGAAGAUAUCUCGUCUCUAGCAUAUACUAUGGGAUUGUAUCGCCAGAUACAUGAUGAUUAUUGCAAUUUACGUUAUGACGAGAAUACUAACGAGAAUAGUUAUUGCGAUGAUUUAACCGAAGGAAAAAUGAGUUUCUUAAUUAUUCAUGCACUUAGAAACAAUCCUGAUGAUAAGAAAAUAAUAAAUAUUUUAAGACAACGAUCGAAAAGUAUUGAAGUAAAACGUUACUGCGUUAAAAUAUUAGAGAGUUACGACUCAUUUAAGUACGCAAAAGAUGUACUUGAUGAAUUGGAAACAAAAAUGAGAACCGAAGUUGAUCGUUUAGGUGGCAAUCCAAUCUUUAUAAAGCUUCUGGACGAAUUCAAGAAUAAGAUGUUGAAAACACGUAUCUAA